AUGGAAACGCUAACCCUCUUCUUCACCUUAGCAGCUGCUACUUCUGUAUAUUGCUUUUGGUUCUAUCUCCUAGCCCGAAAGCUCACCGGCCCGAAAGUAUGGCCGGUGGUCGGCAGCCUUCCCGUACUCUUCACAAAUCGUAACCGAAUCCAUGACUGGAUCGCUAGCAAUCUCCGCGCCACCGGGGGCUCAUCCACGUACCAAACAUGCACGAUCGCGCUUCCUUUCUUGGCUCGCAAGCAAGGGAUGUUCACGGUGACUUGUCACCCGAAGAACAUCGAGCACAUUCUAAGGACGCGAUUCGAUAACUAUCCGAAAGGGCCGUCGUGGCAGGCGGCGUUCCAUGAUCUUUUGGGGGAGGGGAUAUUUAACAGUGAUGGGGAGACGUGGCUGAUACAGAGGAAGACGGCGGCGCUUGAGUUUACGACGAGGACGCUGAGACAGGCCAUGGCGAGGUGGGUGAAUCGAACUAUUCGGAACAGGCUUUGGUGCAUUUUGGACAAGGCUUCCAAGGAUCAUACUCCGGUGGACUUGCAGGACCUGCUGCUCCGAUUGACGUUCGACAACAUUUGCGGACUUACAUUCGGCAAAGACCCAGAAACACUGUCGCCAGACUUACCGGACAACCCAUUUUCCAAGGCCUUCGACAACGCCACGGAAGCCACACUCCAACGUCUCCUCUACCCCUCAUUCGUAUGGAAAAUCCAAAAUGCCUUCGACCUCGGAGCCGAGAAACAGCUAAAGAGAAGCCUCGCCGUCGUCGGAAACUACAUGGACGAGGCCGUCGCCGCGCGCAAAGCUCGUCCCUCCGACGACCUAAUCUCCCGCUUCAUGAACAAACGCGACGUCGACGGCAACCCUUUCCCUAGCUCCGUCCUCCAACGCAUCGCCCUCAACUUCGUCCUCGCCGGCCGCGACACCUCGUCGGUGGCCCUCAGCUGGUUCUUCUGGCUAGUCAUGAACAACCCCGAAAUCGAGGACAACAUCGUCAAUGAGAUCACCUCGGUUCUGAGCGAGACACGUGGCAGCGACCCGAAGCUUUGGGUGGAGGAACCGUUGGUGUUCGACGAGGCGGAUAAGUUGGUUUACCUAAAAGCGGCGCUGGCCGAGACUUUAAGGUUGUACCCUUCCGUACCGUUGGACUUUAAGUACGUCGUGAACGACGACGUUUUGCCUGACGGGACGUUCGUGCCGUCCGGUUCGACCGUUACGUACUCGAUAUAUUCAGUUGGGAGGAUGAAGACUAUUUGGGGAGAGGACUGUAUGGAGUUUAAACCGGACCGGUGGUUAUCUUCGGACCGGACCCGGUUCGAACCGCCAAAGGAUAGUUACAAGUUUGUGGCGUUUAAUGCUGGACCGAGGACUUGUUUGGGAAAGGACCUUGCUUACCUCCAAAUGAAGUCGGUGGCCUCCGCGGUGUUGCUGCGGUACCGCCUCUCGCCGGUUCCCGGCCACCGGGUGGUGCAGAAGAUGUCUCUUACUCUCUUCAUGAAGUACGGGCUCAAGGUGUAUUUGCAGCCCCGCAAGCUCGAUGGACUGGGUCUGGUUGCCACGUCAGCAUAGGGGAUUAAGAUUAAUUUCCUCAAAGUUUGUCAUUUAAAUUUGUUUUUACUUUUGUAUACGUUUUGAUUUUGUUGUUUGAUUUUGGGUGGGAAAGGUGGAUGAGGUUGGGCAAACUUUGCUCAUCUAAGUCGGGGAAGAUUGACGUCUUUGUCAUGUUAGUGUAUUCCAUAUCAGCUUUUGGUAUGGGUUUUCAUAUAUAUUUUCUUGUCAAUAAGACUCCAAUGUGUAUAGGCAAGCUCUUGAUGAACUUAUUUGAGAUAGGCUAUUG